GGCAACUACACUCCAACAAGUGGCCAAGGAGAGCGUUGUGCAGAAAGAAAGAGAGGACAGCUCAAGCAAGCAUAGAAAUAAGAGAGAGCAAGAGCAGAAGCAAGAGCAGAAGCAAGAACAAAUAGCCAAAAACAAGUUUGAAGACUCCGGAAGGACUGAACGCGAGCAAGCCGAGAUUGGCUGAGGGCAAGUGAACCAAGAUGAAGCAGUCUUGCGAUACCAACCUACUCAGUCCAUGCUCAUCACACAAGCUGUGUGUCGCAGAGCUGUUCUUCUUCGAGGAGCUCAGCAGGACUUGUGGAGUCGACGUGGCUUCUUCGUGGUUAAAAUCCGUCUCGAUUUCACCAACUCGAUCGCAAACGUCUUCCGUUGAACCAGGCAGCUCACCAGUUUCGCCAAGGCAGAGACCAAGCUCGGUUGAGCUACAAAAGGCAGCAAAGGGGACCAGAAACAAGAAAGGCUUGUCCUUGAACUGCGUGCCGACAGCCAUUAGCCUACCAACCACACCUAAGUCGUUUUUUGAUUCUAUGGAGCCUACUGACUGUCUGCUUCAAGCGAUACUCAAAAAGAAGGAAAUGCAGAAGUUUCAGACCAAGCUCGGAUCAAAAGCUGGAUUACUUUACACGUCAGAGGCCAAUUUGGUUCUGGACGAUGCAAUCGAAUGUUGAAAGAGUGUGCAAAUUUCAUAGUAGGAAACAUGUAUCAUAGGCUGCAAGUCAAUCGGGCAUUGAAUUUUUGUUCAAAGAUAAUGAAUCCGUUCAAAAAUC